CCCAGCCCUGAAAGUGCAAUGGCGAUAUUGGACAAUAACAGCCAUCGCUUUCGGGGGAGCACGUCUAUAUUAUGUGGCUAACGUUGAAGAAAACACCUCCAGUCGGCUGCGAAACCACACGCGACACCGACACGCUGCGCGAGCGACUGCCUGCGACCAGGAAAGGUGUGACGCUUGAACAGACGCCAUGGCCACGCAGGAGCCGUCCCCUCCCUCGUCCAUGGAGAGCAACAAGCCCGGCUUCCCCAAGAAGAUCCUGGGCAACAAGCUGGAGGACAAGCACCUGUGCAACUGCUGCCACAACAUCCUCAGACGGCCGUUUCAGGCGCAGUGUGGACACCGCUUCUGUUCCUACUGCUUCAACAGGACUGUGAGUAAUGGACCUCAGAAAUGCAGCGCCUGCAUUAAAGAGGAUAUUUUUGAGGAUCCAACAUCGAUUUUGAAACAAGGAUGUGCUUUUCCGGACAACGCCGUGCGACGGGAAGUCGAAAACCUCUCGGCCGUUUGUAUCAAUGAAAAUUGCACCUGGAAGGGCAGCAUUAAAGAGUACGAGCUGACCCACGAGGGGAAGUGUGAGUUCAUGAUCAUCCCCUGCCCGUCCUGCAAAGAACGGAUUCGCUUCAACGAACAGGAGCGCCACAGCGAGCGAGAGUGCCCGGAGAGGACGCUCAACUGCAAGUACUGCAAGGAGCCGUUCCACUUCAAAAACAUCAAGGCGCACGAUGAGAUCUGUCCCAAGUACCCGAUGAUCUGUGAAGGCUGUGCCAAGAAGAAAAUACCCAGAGAAAAAUACGUGGACCAUAUCAAGUUCUGCAGCAAAUUCAGAACUCCGUGUCGAUUUCACGUCGUGGGAUGUGAUAUGUCUGUGGAAAAGGAAAAGAUUCACGACCACGAGCGCGCCUUCGCCUACGAGCACCUCAAUCUGUUGCUGCACUACAUUAUGGGCAUGAAAGUGAGCAUGGAGGGCCUGCAGCCCCAGGGACUGGAAGUCGCCGGCCACAAACUGCUGGAGCUCCAGCAGUCCCUCAGGGAGCUCGAGGCCAGAGUCUCCCAGCUUAGCACCACCUCCUCUGGGCCUCCCGUGCAGGGAGCCUCCGCCGUCGCCUCCUCCUCCUCAUCCUCCAGCUCCGGUCCGCCUGGUCCGACCGCCUCGGCUCCCCUCCCGUCGGCUCCCGUUCUGUCCGUGUCCACCUCCUUCACGCCUCUGCCCAGCUCGGUGGGCGCGGCGCUGGAGCUCCAGCUCCACAGCGAGAAGACCAAAGUGGCGGAGCUGGGUCGCAGGUGCACGGAGCUCGAGGUGAAGUCCGUCACGUUCGAGAACGUGGUGUGCGUCCUGAACCGAGAGGUGGAGAGGUUCGCCACCACCAUGGAAGCCGGCAACCGGCAGCACAAACUGGAUCAGGACAAGAUCGAGGCUCUGAGCAACAAGGUGCGACAGCUGGAGCGCACGGUGGGGCUCAAGGACCUCACGGUCGCCGAGAUGGAGGGCCGGCUGAGGGAAAUGUCCGCCACAACCUUUGACGGCGUCUUCGUCUGGAGGAUCUCCGAUUUCGCCAAAAAGAGACAGGACGCCAUCGCGGGUCGAGCCCCGGCCAUGUUUUCACCAGCCUUCUACACCAGUAAGUACGGCUACAAGAUGUGUCUGCGGAUCUACCUGAACGGAGACGGGACCGGGCGCGGCAGCCACUUGUCCUUGUUCUUUGUGGUGAUGAGGGGGCUGAGUGACGCUCUGCUCAAGUGGCCUUUCAACCAGAAGGUGACCCUGAUGCUGCUGGACCAGAGCAACAGGGAGCACAUCAUCGACGCCUUUCGACCCGACGUCACUUCCUCCUCCUUCCAGCGGCCGGUGAGCGAGAUGAACAUCGCCAGCGGCUGCCCGCUCUUCUGCCCGCUCUCCAAGCUCGACGCCAAGAACUCGUACAUCCGCGACGACACCAUCUUCAUCAAGGCCAUCGUGGACCUCACCGGCCUCUAGACACACCUCCCCCCCCUCCCUCCCCCAUUCCUCUCCGGGUGCUACAGUUUGGCAAACAGGCAGCUCUUUCGACCAUUAAAAGCUUAAUUUCUGGCUCAAUCGUGGUCCCUUUAGGGCUCUGUUUCAGGCAGCUCGAUGUCCCCGUUCAGCUUCAGGGAGACAAACGUACGGCUGCAGAUUGUUCCGUCCGGACGGCGCCGGCAUCGUCGUAUCCGGGCCCUCCAUCGCUGUACAUUUCAGGGGGGGGGGGGGCGCGAAAAAGCCUCCUUCUUUUACUUUCUUUCAUUAUUUUUGACGUCACCGCACCGCUCCUACAGGGUGGGUGAAAUGUCACGGCAGCGAAGGUCAGCGAAGGUCAGCGCGGGGGUGAGUAGGAGCAGAGAGGUCGAUGAAAAAGGAGUGAAAAAAAAGAGUGAAUAUGCAUCCUAUUAGAACCGCGCGCUAGAACCGGGUCGUAGAUUCCAGAUCGUAGAGUUAGAGCACGGCUUCUUCAUUCAGCUUCUUUUUUCCUUGCAGAUUGUGGAUAUUGUGAGCUUCUCAAUUCCAGUGUCGAGUGAAUUUGCAUAGACAAACGUGGAGUUAUGUUAUGAAUAAGAUUACAGGCAUUUCUUUUUUGCCUUUUUUUUU